CAAGCAGUGCUAAGGAAGAAAUUUUUUACUGCUAAAACUUUCUUCUUCAUGGCUAAAAUAGCUUUCUUACUACUACUAAUUGUCCCUUUCGUUGUUGGAAUGAGCUCAGCUCAAUUGACUUCCAAUUUCUAUAAUUCCUCGUGCCCAAAUGUGCUCUCCGUUAUCAAAACGGCCGUGGAUUCUGCUAUCAAUAAAGAGUCUCGCAUGGGCGCCUCUUUGCUUCGUCUUCAUUUCCACGACUGCUUUGUUAAUGGUUGUGAUGCAUCAGUGCUAUUAGAUGACACAUCAAGCUUUACCGGAGAGAAGACUGCUAAUCCGAAUAGUGGAUCCAUAAGGGGAUUCGAUGUGAUUGAUACUAUCAAAACUCAAGUCGAAUCAUCUUGUGUUGGGGUUGUAUCUUGUGCUGAUAUUUUAGCUGUCGCAGCCAGAGAUUCUGUUGUCAAACUUGGUGGGCCUAGUUGGACUGUAUUACUCGGCAGAAGGGACUCGACAACUGCAAGUUUGAGUAUGGCAAAUAGUGACAUACCUGCACCAACUUUGAAUCUAAGUAGCCUCAUUUCUUCCUUCUCUAACAAAGGUUUCACUGCUAGGGAAAUGGUGGCUCUCUCAGGUUCUCAUACAAUAGGCCAAGCAAGAUGCACUACUUUUCGCAAUCGUCUCUACAAUGAAACUAACAUAAAUGCAUCAUUCGCAACAUCAGUUAAAUCAAAUUGUCCACAAAGUGGAAGUGACAACAACCUCUCUCCACUGGACACCACAAGCCCAACCACAUUUGACAACUUUUACUACAAGAAUCUGCGAAUUCAAAAGGGCCUUCUUCAUUCAGACCAACAACUCUUUAGUGGAGGCUCCACAGACUCUAUAGUUAACACUUAUAGCUCCAAUUCAGCUACUUUCUUCACUGAUUUGGCUAAUGCCAUGGUUAAAAUGGGUAAUCUUAGCCCACUUACUGGCACCAACGGUCAAAUCCGCACAAAUUGCAGGAAAACCAAUUAAGAUUUCACACAAAAAAUGAGAUUCUAAAAUUUAAUCUCGAGAUUUUAAUUGUUGCUUAUGUAUUUCCUUUUUGUUUCAUCGCAAACUUUGAUGUUCUACGUUGUUAAUUUGGAGGUAGAGGUGGGAAAGUCCCCCCUCUAAUACGUAACUUUCUGAAUGUUUGAAAUAAAAUAAUUAAUGAUUCUAUAUUUUGAA